GCGGACGCCAGGAGUAGAUGGGUGCAUUGAGACCUCACACCGGAUAAAAGAAGGAAGGGGAAUAUAUAUAUUUAUAUAUUGCACGAGGAGUGUGUGCACGCGCGCGGGACUGUUUGCUGUUUGUUUUGUUUAUUUGUCGCGUCGGCGCGUGGGGGAAUGUAGUAGCUGUCACGGCCGCCUGCAGGAGGAGGAUGGAUGCGUAACAGGACGGAUCGAGCCAGCUGUGGCCUGCUUCUAACAGCAACAUCUGGCCGUCCUUCUGCAGGGUCAGAGAGGGCGCCUCAGCAGCCAGCCGGCUCUGGACUAUAGCGGGGAGGUGGAGGCGAUGGAGGAGGGGGACGCAGAGGGGGAAGGGCCCAUGGCGGUCAGAGAGGGGCCGAGCGGUCACGGCCUCCCGCCGAACGCCGGCAGCAGCAGCAGCAACAGCAGCACCACCACCACCACGACCACCAACCUCCUGGCUUCUGUCAAAGAGCAGGAGCUUCAGUUUGAGCGGCUGACUCGGGAGCUGGAGGAGGAGCGGCAGAUUGUGGCGAGCCAGCUGGAGAGGUGCAUGCUGGGAGCUGAGUCGCCAGCGGGAGACAGUAGCAGCUCAUCGGAGAAGUCAUUUGCAUGGAGAUCUGCAGGAGAGUCGCAGGGCGGAGCCAUGGAGGCGUCUGGACGUCACCUGGAGGCCGAGGAAGGACUCUACAUGCCUGAGCCGGACCGCGCCUCCCUGCAUGACAGUGAGGGCUCGGGAGGUCACUCGGCCCAGAUGACCUCGUAUUCAGACAGCGGCUACCAGGACAGCAGCGUUAGUUAUUACAGCAACCAGAAUGUGGUGCGUUCGGAGCCGCGGGCCUCGAUAUCAAGGAGCCCGAGAGCUGAGGGGCAAGCCUCUGGGCAGGUGUCCGGCAGGGUGUUACGGAGGAUGGCCUCCCUCCCCUCCAGGAGCCAGUCUCCCGGUUGUGGCACUGCUGGCACCGUCUCGCCCUCCCGCAUCUCCCUGCGAACAUCCCAGGGCAGCACCUACGACUCGCCCAUCCUCUCAGAGCCAAAACCUCUGGCUGCAGUGUUCCCUGGCACCUCCAUGCCACCCUCCUGCCCUUCGCCAACCUCCCCGACCGACGGCACACAGGUCCUGGGUGGUGGAGUUGGAGUUGGAGGAGGAGGUGGUGGUCGCCUGGGCUCCACCCUGUCUCUGGUGGAGGGGAGGUGUUUGACGGGGUCACCGCUGCGUUCGGGGAUGACGGCGGUGCCACAGCACUACGGCUCCACGCUGCCCAGGCAGAGCCAGCCGCUGGCCUACGGAGCUGAUCCAUACGGCCUGUACCAGAGGAGCGCGCUGCCCCGCCCCGACAGCCUCAUAGGGCUUCACAGCUCGUACGCCGGCCACGCGGGGCAGAUAGAUCCAGAGCUGAGGGCGGCGUUGUCUCCAGACUGCCACAUGACGCCCGUUUUCGAUGAGCGCUCCUUCCACAGCCCGCUGUACCACAGCCCCACCCACGACCCCCAGGGCUCCCUCUACAGGACCAACACAGGUAUGGAGACCCUCCCGCGGACCACAAGCCACUGCGGCACGCUGCCGUACCAAAGAAGCAGCUACGGGCUGAGCACUGCAGCUCUGUACGUCGACUCCUACAGGGUGCCCGCCGAGCCUGUCUUCUCCCACCGCCACUCUGGACUGGUGGACCGGGUGGCCACGCGCACCCCGUCCAUCGAGAGCAUCCACAAGGACCCCAGGGAGUUUGCUUGGCGUGACCCGGAGCUGCCGGAGGUCAUCCACAUGCUGCAGCAUCACUUCCCCUCCGUCCAGGCCAACGCUGCCGCCUAUUUGCAGCACCUGUGUUACGGCGACAACAGGGUCAAGGUGGAGGUGUGUCACCUGGGAGGGAUCCAACACCUGGUGGACCUGCUGGAUCACAAGCUGACCGAGGUUCAGAAGAGCGCCUGCGGAGCCCUGAGGAACCUGGUGUACGGCAAGGCCACCGACAACAACAAGGUGGCGCUGAGGAACUGUGGCGGUGUGCCCGCGUUGCUGCGCCUCCUCAGGAAAACAACCGACAAUGAAGUUCGUGAGCUGGUCACGGGCGUCCUGUGGAACCUGUCGUCCUGUGACGCAGUGAAGAUGACCAUCAUCCGCGACGCCCUGAGCACGCUGACCAACACGGUCGUCAUCCCCCACUCAGGCUGGAGCAGCGUCUCGCACCGUGACGAGCACAAAGUCAAGUUCCAGUCGUCCCUGCUGCUGCGUAACACCACCGGCUGUCUGAGGAACCUGAGCUCAGCAGGGGAGGAGGCGAGGAGUCAGCUGCGUUGCUGUGAAGGUCUGGUGGACUCGCUGCUUCACGUCCUCAAAGCCUGCGUCAAUACGUCUGACUACGACAGCAAGAUCGUGGAGAACAGCGUCUGCACCCUGAGGAACCUCUCGUACCGGCUGGAGGUGGAGAUGCCCUCCUCUCGUCUCCUCGGCAACCAGGAGCUGGACACCCUGCUGGGCUUCUCGUCCCCGGCCAAGGAGCUGGACUACCUCUGCUGGGGCAAGAGGAGGCGCGGCAGGAAGAGGGGCGGCUGGCCCGACGACAAGUGGGACGGCGUCGGGCCGAUCCCAGGUUUCUCCCAGCCUCUGAGGGGGGCGGAGCUGCUGUGGCACCCCAUGGUGGUGAAGCCGUACCUCAACCUGCUGGCCGAGAGCUCCAACCCCGCCACGCUGGAGGGCGCCGCUGGGUCGCUGCAAAACCUCUCAGCUGGAAACUGGAAGUUCUCAGCCUACAUCCGAGCAGCGGUGCGUAAAGAGAAAGGUCUGCCCAUCCUGGUGGAGCUGCUGAGGAUGGACAACGACCGGGUCGUCUGCUCCGUUGCCACGGCGCUGCGCAACAUGGCGCUGGACAGCCGCAACAAGGAGCUGAUAGGAAAGUACGCCAUGCGGGACCUGGUGACCCGGCUGCCGGGCGGCAGUCCAACAGUGCUGUCGGACGAAACGGUGGCAUCUGUCUGCUGCACGCUACACGAGGUCACCAGCCGCAACAUGGAGAAUGCCAAAGCUUUAGCCGACAGCGGAGGCAUCGAGAAGCUGGUGGACAUCAGUAAAGGACGGGGGAAAGGGUACUCGAUGAAGGUCGUGAAGGCAGCAGCUCAGGUGUUGAACACUCUGUGGCAGUACAGAGAGCUGAGGAACCUCUACAAGCAGGACGGCUGGAACUACACUCACUUCGUCACUCCCGUCUCCACUCUGGAGCGAGACCGCUACCUUUCACAGCCGACGCUGCCCACCAGCCCGCUGCAGAUGUCCCCCGUUAUCCAAUCAGGUGAGAGAUCCGGUGGUAGUGCAACAUCCUCGCCGGCGAUGCUCGGGAUAAGAAGACACAGUUCGAACUAUCAGAGAGCGCAGUCAUCUAUGCAACUCGACACGUAUUAUGGAGACAACAGUUUACACAAGCGGCAGUACACAGGGUCUGAGAAGAAAACUCCAUAUUUCAUUGGGACAUAUUCUUCCCAGUCAGGAGAGGAUUUGAGAAGGUCCCAGCACACAGAGCCAUUUUACGAUGAACCCGACAGGAAGAACUACAACAGCUACAGAAUGUACCUGUCGUCCCCACAAGGCUACGGAGAGGAGCCCUACGAGGACGAGCCGGUCCACCUGACCCCGUCCUCCCCCGACGGCUACGCGGGCCAGUCGCUCCAAUUCAAAGCCAACACCAACUACGUGGACUUCUACUCCACCACGCGGAGGCCUUCAAACAGGGCGAACAAGUUCACCGGCUCCCCCGACUCCUGGGUGUAGACACGAGAAAAGGGAAAAAAAAAAAAAAAAACGGACACCGUGUACGUGGAGCUUCUGUUUCUGUGCGUGUUUGUGUGUGGGGAGUGCACGUUGGGUGGGUGCGCUGUGUGAAAGGGUGAGGAUGCAUGUGAAUGUGUGUGCAUCUGUGUUGAACCUGUACUGAAUGACCAGGGCUUGGUUUGCUACGUGCAGCUUGUGACUAAGACCGACCAUGUGCACAAUAAUGCAGAUAAAUACCAACUUUUUUUUACUUUACGCAGUCGUGACAGACUGUACGAGUCAGAGAGGCCUGAGCUGUGAACACUGCCGUCUGAUUGGUCAAUAGAGGACAGUCAGUUCCUCAUUCCCACUGUCUCCUCACUCUAAAAUAGCGCAGCUAACCAACGGAGGCUGGUGGUGAGUUGAGGCGACAAAAUCCAAAAUGUAAAGGUUGUAUCAAACACAGUUAACAGCCGAAUUGACAAGAAUGCUGUCAUCAUGUGACGCCUUUUAUCUUGUGUUUUUAGAGUUAAGUGUUAUUGCCGACAUGUAAGGAAUUGUUAAAACGCUAUAUUUCUUAAAGGGGGUUUGGUGUAAUAUUUUCCACCAGGAGCAGGAUGGAAAAUCUCAAAUUAAUCUAGUUGUAGUCUUGCAAAUAGCGACCCAGUCUUUGCGAAAUCUAAAAACUCGCGUUGUCUUUAGAUGUGAGAGGGACUCUUUUUAAAGUCUUUUCAAAGUCUUCUAGGUCAGUGGUUCCCAACUGGUCCCACCACAAAGGCUAGUUAGCUGUCUCUGUCAAGUAGCUGUACGUUAGUCACUCACUUUACAGCAGGGAACAGCACUUCACAAUAAAAGCUCUGUGCCAGAAAUUCACUGUUUUUAAACUUGACACGCUCGCAGGUCACUUGCAGUCCAUUCAGACUGGACCCGUGACCCACUUUUGGACUGCGACCCACCAGUUGGGAACCACCGCUCUAGUGUAUGGCUACUAUGUCAGAAAUCAGUACUCACUUUGCGUUAAUUGUAGACAUAAAACCUGGUUAGAAACUCCUGUUAUGCAUCACAGUGUAAAUUAAGGUCUGGUUUGAUUGGCCAAGGUUUAAUUACGUCAUCUAACAAAGGUUACGUUAUAAAUUUGUCUCCAUUACAACUCACAAGGUUCACUGACAAAACAACUGUCUUACACUAAACACGUUUUCCAAACAAAUACAACAUGCUAACGUUAUUAGCACAAGCCUAUGGCAUUUUACAUUGUAUAAAUUAGCCUAGCGACUAGCAGAGAUUUCCUCUGCUCAUAUGAAGCCAGGAUAAAUCACACACAGGACUUAAAAUGCUAUUUUAGUGGAGGAUUUAUUGUCUUCACAAUUUACAGUUUCUUAUCUGUGAAAUUAAAGUAAAUACAAGAUUUGUUUCCACUGAGGGAAAUGGUUUCAGCUUACAGAAACAGACAGGAGGUCUGCGUCGCUGUGACAAGUAGUUACUUUUCUGGGGAGGUGCACGUCAGGCUACGGCGUCGAUUCAAUGCAGAUGUAUAAAUCUCGCUUUACAGUAGGUCACGUCAGCGUUCCUGUUGGCGGUGCAAAUGCAAACAGAAAACACGCCCUUGCAGUUCUUAGGGGAGCUUCCCAGUAUGCGGUUCCUCUCAGUUCCCAGAACUGUUCGGUUCGACAUUGCCUCUGGUCAUCCACACCCCACUUGGAGUGGCUUCAUGCCCACCAAGAGUCCAGGGCCCCACGGUCUUAAAACCACUGGGUCAGAGGAAUACAGAGAAUGUGGACGGUUGAUAACAAAGGAUUCUUAAAGAGGACUUGGCCCAGUCACGAAGGGGGUUUACAUGUAGUGAUGUCAUCAUGCAGAAACCUACAGCAGGUCAAGUUGACACUAAAACAUACGUACUUUGACUAAAAUUUCAAUGUUUGGGUUUAAAUACAUCAGAAACACUAAUUGGAACCAACAGUGGGACAUUAAAACCACAAAAUGAAAAACAAAAAAAUUAACUAGAACUGCAAGCAGUUAUGAAUGGAGGCCAAGCCUCCCCGCGCAACUCGGCCCCCGUGCCCCACGGAGCCCACGGAAGUCAGCCCCGAAGCACGACGGGCUCAGGGCGAGCGCAGGGACGCGGGCCGACGUCCAAGCCGCGGUAUUUGCUGUAAUGGGAAAUGCGCCGGAAGUGUGAAAGGCUGAAUGUGUGGCAAUUUGGAUUUAUUGUAAUAAAUCACGCCCACAUUGACCAGUCAUGACCACCUUCAAUAUAUGGCCUCAGGAAUGGCCCUACAUCAUACUGACCGAAUUUCGUAGAAAUGGGUGUAGCCGUUUAAGAGAUUUGUAGCGCCUCCUAGCGGCCAACAUUCGCCAAAUUCGGCUCAUACCUUCACAGUGUCAUGCCAACUGAGGAUCUGAGAUUUGGUGUUGAUGGCAUUAAGUUUGACUGAGAUAUGCAGCAGUUUACAUUUUUAUAGCUAGCUACACAAAUUUGUUCAUUAAUAAUUUGCCGAAUUUUUGACGGAACAAAAUUCUUUUGAUAACUUUAGAUCAGAUCGGACAAAAUCCCAAGGAGGAGUUCAAAAAAGUAGGUUUUCCAGUUUUUGCGAUUUUGCAAAAAAAAAAAGAAAAAGAAGAAAAAUGUUAGGCGGAAGUGGGCGUGGCUAAUUGCAAAGUGAUUCAGCUCUAUUCAGGGAAUCUGGGGAUAUAACGUUUUUGAAUGUACGACAUACGGUGUGGGAGUUAUAGGCCAAAACGCGUUGGCCUUGGUUAUAGCGCCCCCUGCAGGCUUGCACGGUUUAACCUGCAGCACCACUUUUAUCAACGGAAGAAUAAAAAUAGAGAAAAACUAUAAAAAUCUUUACAAAAACAAUAGGGUUCCUAGCACUGCUGGUCCUGGUUUAAAAAUGUGCAAACCACCUCCUCUGCUGGACUCAGACUCUAACAGCUCUCACGACAGCCAGGUGAUCUGACGAGCCACAUGUGACCUUAACGAGUCCUUAACGAGGAAUGACAUACCCUGUGCUCCCACCAGUCAGUCAGAAGUGAAGGAGUCUUCUCAGCACGUCUAGGUAAGAGAUUUCUCUGCUGAUGUGACAUUUCAGUGCAGAAAUAAUUAGAUUAAAACCACUUUAUCUGCAUUACUGUGGACAUGGUCUUAGCCAAAAGGUGCUCUCUGAGAAAACCCCGCCCUCACCUUGUUGUUUACCAGAGUGUUUGUUAAGGUCAACUGAUUUCAUUUUUCUCUGCAGUAAAAAUGUGCAGUUUGUUGGCUUUAUAACAUAAAUAUCGUUCGCCAGCAUCAUCAUGAAUGUGCGAGAAAAGGGACUUGAGCGAGGGAAGGGAGCACCUGGGGCAAACACUAUUUAUAACCACGUAUGCAGCACGACUGGAGUUCCCGCUGCCGCCAAUAAAACCACUAAAACUCAAAUAGUAUUUGCCCCAUGUUCGGAGGAACGUGCCGAUCAUCACUCUUGGGAACCUUUAAAGACUCAGCAGAGAACCGGGGGUUACGUCUGUAACCUUCUGCUUCUCUGUGCGUUGGCCAGAAGUGCAGUAAUCUCAUAAAGUAUGUGAAAUAUGUGGAACAAAAAAACACGUGAAAAUCUAUUUGUACAGAUACAAUGGUUUAACCGUCCUGUUACAUUGUUGUAUUCAAUAUGUAGAACUUUAUAUGUGAUUGUGUGGAGAAGAUUUUUCUAUUAUUUAUUGAUUUAUUUUUAUUAAUUUCACUUGUGAGCUGACCAAAAUACCCCAUCUGUCUGUUCUGUCCAAAACUGAUGAUGAUGAUGAUGAUAAUGUGCAAUGUUACAGAGGGAAAUAUAUGUAUAGGGAUUAAAGAUUAUA